GCCGGGCUAGAGAAGCCGGAAGUGGCCUCCCGGAAGUGGCUCAUGUUCCGUAUCUGCCUCCGUCCGUCGCUCGCAGGUCUGUGCAGCCCAGCCAGGACAGGCGGCCCGCGCCCGCAAGCCCAGACUGACCCCCUAUGCCUGACCACGUAGAUGUCAGCCUGCCCCCAGAGGACCGGGUCAGGGGUCUUAUCCAAAUGGGCAGUAGUGUGGAGGUGAAUGAAGAUGUCCCACCUCGGAGGUACUAUCGUUCUGGAGUUGAGAUCAUCCGGAUGGCAACUAUCUAUUCUGAAGAAGGCAACAUUGAACGUGCCUUUAUAUUGUACAACAAGUACAUCACGCUCUUCAUAGAGAAACUUCCGAAGCAUCGUGAUUACAAAACUGCUAUCAUUCCUGAGAAGAGAGACACAGUAAAAAAACUAAAAGAAGUUGCAUUUCCUAGAGCUGAAGAGCUGAAAAAGGAGCUUUUAGAAAGAUACAACAAAGAAUAUGCAGAGUACAAAGUACAAAAAAAGAAGCAGGAGGAAGAGUUUGCCCGCAGCCUGGCUCUGCAGCAGCAGCUGGAAGAGGAGAGGCAGAGGGUGGCCAGGAUGAAGCAGCAGCAAGCCGAGCAGGAGCAGUUCAAUGCAUUCGAGGAAAUGAUCCGGCGCCAGGAGCUGGAGAAGGAGCGCCUGAAAAUUGAGCAGCAGUUUGGGAAGCCAACGCCCAACACCUCGGAUGGCCCCUUGGUACCUGGCGUGCUCAAGCCCUUGAGCCCCAGUGGAGGAGGAGUGCUGCCAAAACCCCCCACUGUGGACAGGUCUCUGAAACCUGGAGCUUUGGGGACCCCAGAAAACAAUACUACUAUAGAAGGACUUCGCCAUGUGACUGUCCCCAGAGAACUCUGUCAUAAAUUCCUCCAGUUGGCGGAUGCAAACACUGCAAAGGGUGUAGAGACAUGUGGAAUCCUUUGUGGGAAACUGAUGAAGAACGAAUUCACAGUAACCCAUGUCAUCAUCCCCAAGCAGCACGGGGGCCCAGACUAUUGCAACACUGAGAAUGAGGAGGAACUCUUCCUGAUCCAGGAUCAGUACAGCCUUAUCACUCUGGGAUGGAUCCAUACACACCCUACCCAAACAGCUUUCCUUUCCAGUGUAGAUCUACAUACGCACUGCUCCUAUCAGAUGAUGCUGCCGGAGUCUAUAGCAAUUGUUUGUUCGCCAAAAUACCAGGAGACUGGAUUCUUUAAAUUGACAGACCAUGGCAUGGAAGAGAUCUCUUCCUGUAGGCAAAAAGGGUUCCAUCCACAUAGCAAAGACCCCCCACUCUUUACAACCUGCAGUCACGUGACUAUCCUGGAGCAGGAAGUGAUGGUACUGGACCUUCGAUAAAGCAAAUGCCUUCAUGCCUUUCGCAGCCAUUAACUGUCUUCUACAUUAAUUUAUGAUGACUAAUAAUACCCCCUCUAUGCAGCAAUUCCCAAGGCUCUCCCUGUAACACCACAAGAGUUUCACAUUCUUUCUAUCUCAUGCAGUUGUUAAAUUAGGGAGGAGAGAGGAACUCUUAGGAGAUAUCACUAAACUUAAUUCAAGUGGUAUUUGGCUGCUCACUGAUCCUCUUCAGGCUUUACUCUGCUGAACCUUAAUCCAAAAAUCAAGCAAAUUAAUAACCUAUAAAAAUCUGUUUGUGA